AUGAUUACACUAUACUACAAUGAUAAAUUAAAAAUUACAAAAUUAAAAUUUCAAAAUAGUAAUAAAAUGGAUGAAUCAAAUGACCACAUUUUCAAUUCUAGAUCAAUUGAAACUAUAAUAAAGUCAGCAAUUAAAGAUAAGGUUAAAAUCAGCGAUGAGGCGAAUAAACUAACAGGAUACUUCUUAGAGUUAUUGGUUGUUGAAUGUGUUCAUAGAAUGGCAAAACAGGCAGCACUCGACGAAAAAGAUACUUCCUCAGCUAUUGUUAGAUUUUAUUUAACCAUACUUGAACAAAAAAAUAGAAGCCAAAAAGAGAGAGAGAAAGAGAGAAACAAAUAUUUGUAUGUUCAAUAUGUUUUAACUAAAUUAUCUGGAACUUCACUGCAGUCUUCAAGUGGUAUAACAUUUGGUCAAUCAAGUAACAUUGAUGUUGGACAGUCCUAUACAGGAUUAGCAGUGGUAAAGCCCGGACUUCCUCCGAGAACACCUCCCCCAAAUGUUCCACAACCUCCACCAAGACCACCAGGAAUGAACAUAGGUACAUAUCUUGGACCAUAA